AUGGCGCGGCCUAGCCCCUUCCCCGCCCCGCAGCCUGGCCCGGUGCACACACCUUACCUUGGCCCGGGCACCUGGCUCAUGCCACGCUGUCCGCCGGGCGUCUUCUCGUCAUGGGGAGCCCGGCAUGGGCGCUGGCGAAGCGGGGAGGCGGCCGAGGUGCUGGCCUGGCCGGCAGGGCCUUGCCGCGCCCCGCGCCCCGGCCUGGCCGGCCCCCUCGGCCGCGCCCGAGAGGAGCUCCCCGCCGAGGCUCGGCCUCCCGCCCCCACGAGCGCCGCUGCGAUUGGUGGAAAGUUCCUGGGCCGCGCCGCGAUUGGCCGUGCCCGGCCCGCCGCCUCCCGCUCUUGGCCCCCAAGGGGCUGCGGGGCAGAGGGCCUCCUGGCCACCGCCACCUGCGCCGGCUACUCGGAGGACCGCUGCGGCUGGAGCGGCAGCGGCCUGACCCAGGAGCCGGGCAGCGUGGGGCAGCUGUCCCUGGCCUGUUCGGAGGGCAUGAUCCAGUGGCUGUACGCGGCCGGGGCGCUGCGCCUGACCCUGGCCAGCUCCGACUCCCGACUUCCGCAGGCCUCCAGCACCGCCUGCCUGCGCCGGGCGCGGCCCUUUGCAGGCGCGCAAGUCUUCGCGGAGCGGCGGGCGGGCGGCGCCCUGGAGCUGCUGCUGGCCGGGGGUUUGGGCCCAGCGCGGGGCCGAUGCGUGCGCUGGGGUCCCCGUGAGCGCCGGGCCCUCUUCCUGCAGGCCACCCCACACCCAGACAUCAGCUGCGGCGUGGCCUCCUUCCGCUUUGAAAUGCACGAGGACAGGUAUCCAGAACUGCCUUCACAGGCCCACGGUCUUGGUGCUGAUGGUGCCUGCAGGCCCUGCAGUGACCCUGAGCUCCUGCUGGCUGCGUGCACCAGCGACUUUGUGAUCACUGGAACCAUCCACAGGGUUGGCCACGACACAGAGCUGCAGGAGUCUGUUACCGUGGUGGCGGCUGCCCGUGUCCUCUGACAGACACUGCUGCUGUUCGGGGACGGGGGGUGGGUGUCCGGGGGCUGCAUGCAGGCCUCCAUUCACACUCCGCUGCACGUCAGUGUCUGGACCGGCCCCGGCCCCUUCCUCUUCAUGGGCUGGAGCCACUUUGGUGAGGCCUGGCUAGGCUGUGCACGUCGCUUCCAGGAAUUCAGCUGUGCCUAUGUGGCUGCCCACGCCAACCACCUCUGCCCCGUCCCCGUGCCAGGGUUCGGCGCCCCCCCCCGCUCCCCCUGGGCGCGGAGUGGGCUGAUAGGGCUGGCGGCCGCAGGCUUUGAGCGGGACACUGCAGGGCCAGGGUCCGCGGCCCGGAACGCGCGGGAAGGGCCCCGGGCCCGGGCGGAACGCCAGGGGAAGGCCGCUUCCGGCGCCCCGCCGAGGCCUCCGUCCCGCCACUUCCGGCGUCUCCGUUAG